GCAGUUGAAGAUCAGCUAAAGAUAUGUGGCCACAAGAGGGAUUCUGAUGUCUUUGAGCUGUUCCUUUCUCAAAAAGAACUGACAGAAGUCAUUGAUCUUGCUAGGUUUAAAAAAUUAAAAUACUUAUGGCUUCAUCAUAACAAGCUCCAAGGGAUAACAUUUCUAACUAGAAACUAUUGUCUGACAGAACUAUAUCUAAACAACAAUGAAAUAUUCGAGAUAGUAGGCCUGCACUAUUUGCCUUCAUUGCAUGUACUCCAGCUACACCACAAUGAGUUAAGAAACAUUGAUGCAACAGUGAAGGAAUUAAAGGGAAUGCUAAAUCUGAAGACCCUAAGUCUAUACCAAAACCCCUUGUGCCAAUAUAACCUGUAUCGUUUAUAUACAAUCUACCAACUUCCAGGAGUGGAGCUGCUUGACCGAAAACAAGUUACAGAAAAAGAAAGGAGAUCAAUGAUUACCAUUUUUAACCACAAAAAGGCUCAUAUCAUUCAAUCCAUAGCAUUCAGAGGAAAAGCAGACACCUCAUGGAAUCCUAAAUCACCAUUUAAGCAAAAAUCAGCUCAGAGAUUACCUUCAGAUUUUGCAUUUGCGAAUAAUGUAGACAAAACUGUGUUUGAUGACCCAGAAGAUGCUGUUUUUGUAAGAUCCAUGAAGAGAUCAGUGAUGGCUAUUACUUCUAUGAACUGGGACACAGUUCCAACACGAGAUGAAAAAUACCUUGAAGAGAAAGGCACAGAGCCUGCUCAAAUGCUCACAGUCACACUGAGAUAA